AGUGAAUCCCAGUGUGUGUGUGUUUGUGGACAGCCGUUCAUUUCCCAUCACUACAGCUUGAGAUGUCUGUGAGAAACAGCUGUUUCCCUCGAUAAAAACUCUAGUUAUGGAGUUUGAAACUAAAAUCUACCCUCAGAUCGGUGGAUUUGGGCGAUACAACCGGAUCGUAACCCUUUUCAGUUGGUUCCCGAACUUUGCGGUCUCGUUGAAUCUCUUCAGCGAUGUUUUCUUCACGCUGAUCCCCGAGUCGUACCACUGCAAACCCGAUCUGGCGUUAUUCCCAGCGUCUUCCGUGCUCGGGAACCUCUCCAGGCAAGCGGUCCUCAAUCUCACCGUCCCGUGGCUGAAGGGCUCCGGGUUCAGUCACUGCGAACUGUACAAGUACCCGCUGAAUACAAGCAACCUCACGGAGAACGCGCCGCGGGACACGGUGCCCUGCACGAUAGGAUGGGAGUUCGCCAAACCCGCGGGACUACAAAACAACUUAGUGACCGAGUGGAGUCUGGUGUGUGCCGAUCACUGGAGGAUCCCGCUCCAGCACGUCUGCUUCAUGACCGGCUGGACCCUCGGCUACAUCCUCCUCGGCACUGUCUGCGACUGGUUGGGCCGUCGCUGUGCGCUGCUGCUGUCAGUGGUUUUCUCGGGACUGCUGGGAAUCAUGGCUUGUCUCUCUAACAGUCCUUCUGCUUUCCCGUUCCUCCGGCUCCUCCAGGGCUCAGCGUUAGCCGGAGUGUUUCUGUCAUCUUACAUCGCACGACUGGAAUGGUGUGACCCGCCUCACAGACUCAUGGUGUCGAUGGUCAGCGGCUUCUUUGCGGUGUUUGCCGAGCUGCUGUUGCCGGGGCUCGCAGUGCUGUGCCGUGAUUGGCCCGUUCUUCAGGCCGUCACCACACUUCCCCUGCUGUUACUGCUCUCCUAUUGGUGCUGUGCUUCAGUGUUCCCAGAAUCCCCUCGUUGGCUCUUGGCCACAUCUCAGGUUCCUCAAGCAAAGAAGUGUCUCCAGUCGUUUUCAGCACGAAACGGUGUGUGUGUCAGUGACGAGCUGUUCCCUGCUGAAACACUGCUGUCAGAGAUAGAUGAGAUAUUCCCAGAAGACGUCCGGCCGGAGUGUCAUCAUGUAAUAGAGUUGCGUCACACCAGAGUCAUCUGGAAGAACUGCCUCAUUCUGGGCUCACUCUGUAACUUCAUCGGCACCGGGAUCCAGUACUGCUUCACACGGAACCUGCACAUCUACUCCACACACUUCUACUUCAGUUACUCCCUGCGCGUGCUGACCGGCGCACUGGCCUGUGUGUUCCUGUGUGUGUGUGUGGACCGCUUCGGCCGCAGGGGGAUCUUACUGCUGUCAGCCAUCGUCACGGGCCUGUCCUCGCUGCUGCUGCUCGCUCUCACACAGUAUCUGCACGGAGGGCUGGUCCUGGUUCUGUCAGUGCUGGGUCUCCUCUCGUCUCAGGCUUUAGCCAUGCUCAGCGUGUUCUUCGGCAGUGAAGUCAUGCCCACCGUCGUGCGCGGCGGCACGUUGGGUCUCAUCAUGUCUGCGGGGUGUGUAGGAAUGGCUGCGUCGUCUCUGAUGGAGCUGCAGAAUAACGGAGGAUACUUCCUUCAUCACGUGGUGUUCUCCUCCUUCGCUGUGCUCUCGGUGCUGUGUAUCAUGCUUCUGCCCGAGAGCAAACACAAGCCCCUGCCGGACUCGCUGAGAGACGGAGAGCGUCAGCGGCGUCCUCCGCUCUUCCUCUCGCGGGUGAACCGGGAAAACCCACCGCUACUGCGCACGCAGACGCUCAGCGCCGAGUUCAACCGCCAAAACUACUCUCGUCUCGUCAGCGCAACCAGGAAGAUCCUCGCUAAAGACGCCGUGCCUCUCAAGAUCUCCAGCGUCACACACACACACACACACUCACAAGCUCAGGCUCCUCUGCUGGACUGUAACGGCACUGCACCGGACGCCCGUGAGGAUGAGUCCUAGCAUUACACUGAAACACACACACAUAUACACAGUCACACACAA